AUGCGCCGCACAUUGGACGAUGGGGUCUGCACUGAGUGCAGUGGAAGAGAGUGCCCUGGCGUCACUGACUUGGUGUUUCUCAACGGCAACUCGUGCAGGACUGGCGAGGACGACCACGCAGUGGCGCUUCAGCAGCUGCGCGAGAGGGCGUGGGAGGAGACAGUGGGUGAAGUGCUGCAGUGGGUCGCGGGGGCGCUGCACGGUGACGAGCAGUCGCUGUUGCAUCUUGAUAUUCUCCUGGAGGAGUUGGGCGACGCGGCGCCACCGCGUGCUGGCGGUGGACAGCCGCAGUCCUGUAGCUACUGUGCAGCAUACGAUGAUAGCUCCAGCGAGUCGGCAUACCCUUCCAAGGGAGUGAAAGAGUCAUCGCAGACGUCUCGAUCGUCGUCGAUCACCACCACUGCCACAGAGGGCACGUGUUGGAGCACGGCCACUGCACAGGCGAGCAUGACAGAAGAGGAGAGUGUGGAAUCGCCGUUUGCUGGAAGGGCGUGGCAAUAUGGCGUCUCCACUGGGUUUCUACCCGAACGAUUUCAAAGAGUCGCUGCGGAUUCUUCUAGCGGCUGCUGUGGCAGCAGCAGAAGCAGCAGCGGCGAAGGCACUACCAGUGUGGAAGAGCGGAAGGAACACCGCAACUCAUUCUUUGGGGAGAGGGCGAUAUUUGGACACGCUACAGAGAAGGCCGCACGGGAGGAGAAUCAACCGACGGAGCCCCGCUUCAAAGUUCUUGACGAGAGCGAGGCGGAAGAACGCCAACAGCCAUGGUGGACCGACGUGCGCGCGUCUAGUCGCCUUCCUCCUAUGCGCCCCGACGAUCGUUGGCCUUUUUGA